AUGGCCUCCCCGCUCCUGCUGUUGCUGCUGGCCAGCGGGGCCCUGGGCUGCCCCCUCCCCUGUACCUGCCAGAACCUCUCCGAGUCCCUGAGCACCCUGUGUGCCCACCGAGGGCUGCUCUUCGUGCCGCCCAACGUGGACCGGCGCACGGUGGAGCUGCGGCUGGCCGACAACUUCAUCCAGGCCCUGGCGCCCCCGGACUUCCGCAACAUGACGGGCCUGGUGGACCUGACGCUUUCCCGCAACGCCAUCAACCGCAUCGGGGCGCGCUCCUUCGGGGACCUGGAGAGCCUGCGCUCCCUUCACCUGGACGGCAACAGGCUGGCGGAGUUGGGCGCGGGCAGCCUCCGCGGCCCCAUCAACCUGCAGCACCUCAUCCUCAGCAGCAACCAGCUGGGCAGCAUCGCGCCCGGCGCCUUCGACGACUUCCUGGAGAGCCUGGAGGACCUGGACCUGUCCUACAACAACCUGCGCCAGGUGCCCUGGGCCGGCAUCGGCGCCAUGCUGGUGCUGCACACGCUCAACCUGGACCACAACCUCAUCGACGCGCUGCCCCCGGGAGCCUUCGCGCAGCUGGGCCAGCUCUCCCGCCUCGACCUGACCUCCAACCGGCUGGCCACGCUGGCGCCCGACCCCAUCUUCUCGCGGGGCCUGGACACGGCCGCCUCGCCCAGCCCGCUAGUGCUCAGCUUCGGAGGGAACCCGCUGCACUGCAACUGCGAGCUACUGUGGCUGCGGCGCCUGGCGCGGCCCGACGACCUCGAGACGUGCGCGUCCCCGCCGGGGCUGGCCGGCCGCUACUUCUGGGCCGUGCCCGAGGGCGAGUUCUCGUGCGAGCCGCCGCUCAUCGCCCGCCACACCCAGCGGCUGUGGGUGCUGGAGGGCCAGCGGGCCCUGCUGCGCUGCCGCGCCCUGGGAGACCCCGCGCCCACCAUGCACUGGGUGGGGCCGGACGACCGGCUGGUGGGAAACUCCUCCCGGGCCCAGGCCUUCCCCAACGGGACGCUCGAGAUCGGGGUCACGGGGGCGGGGGACGCCGGCGACUACACCUGCAUCGCCACCAACGCUGCGGGGGAGGCCACUGCCCGGGUGGAGCUGCGGGUGCUGGCCCUGCCCCACGGCGGGAACGGGAGCGCUGGCGGGGGCCGGCCGGGGCCCUCGGACAUCGCGGCCUCUGCCCGGACUGCCGCGGAGGGGGAAGGGGCCCAGGAGGUGGGGCCCGCCGUGGAAGUGUCUGAGGUGACCGCCACGUCGGGGCUGGUGAGCUGGGGCCCAGGCCGGCCGGAAGAGCCCAUCUGGAUGUUCCAGAUUCAAUACAACAGCAGCGAGGACGAGACCCUCAUCUACCGGAUCAUCCCGGCUUCCAGCCGGCACUUCUUGCUGAAGCAUCUGGUCCCCGGGGCUGACUACGACCUCUGCCUGCUGGCCCUGUCCCCUGCUGCUGUGCCCUCUGACCUCACAGCUACGAGGCUGCUGGGCUGCGCCCACUUCUCUACACUGCCAGCCAUGCCCCUGUGCCACGCCUUGCAGGCCCACGUGCUCGGGGGGACCCUGACAGUGGCAGUGGGGGGCGUCCUGGUGGCUGCCUUACUGGUCUUCACGGUGGCCUUGCUGGUUCGGGGCCGGGGGGCCGGAGCCGCCCGCCUCCCGCUCAAGCUCAGCCAUGUGCACUCCCAAACCAACGGAGGAGGCCCCAGCCCCGUCCCGAAGCCUCACCCUCCCCGGAGCCCCCCGCCCCGUCCCCAGCGGAGCUGCUCCCUGGACUUGGGAGAGACUGGCGGGUGCUACGGCUAUGCCCGGCGCCUGGGUGGGGCCUGGACUCGGAGGAGCCACUCGGUCCACGGUGGGUUACUCGGGGCUGGGUGCCGAGGGGCUGGGGGCAGCGGAGAGCGGCUAGAAGAGAGCGUGGUGUGAGGGAUGGACGAGGAGGCCGGAGCUUCCAGGGCCAAGGACAGGGAGAAGAGGAGGGGGCGGCUGGGCCUCCCUUCUCUCAAGCUCCCCUGUCUCUGGGAUCAGAUCUCAUUCCCGGAGAGCCUGGCAGGGGCAGCAGGGGUCAGAGCGGGCCUCAAGGACAUGGGGCCUAGGGGUAAGGGGCCAAGACACCAGUGGGAAGAAGCGCAUGGAGUGGAGGGAGCACUCCUUGGCUGAGGAGUCUGGAUUUCUGGGGUUUCAUCCCAGUUUUAACUCUCUGUACCUCAGUUCCCCCUUUGUAAUUUGGGGAAGAAAAACACCUUUCCCUAAUCCCAUCUCCCCCUCCAGAUGUCGAUGAGGGGGACGGAAACCAUAGAUAAGAGGUGCUCACAGCACUGUGGGGCAACGGGCUACAGGGAAUUAGCCUGGAUUCUUGUUUUUAUUCUUAAUAAAAAUGCCAGGGACACCUAA